AUGUCUGACAGCAAACUGCCCAAGUUUCAGAUCGUGCUUGACAGCAAGGAUGGAGCCCCGUUCCCCUCGUUCCCCAGUUCUGAGGUUGAGGGUGGUGAUCCCUCCAGAAUUACUCUAGCAUUGAUCCGUCAAAAGGCUUCUAUCUCAAAGAAAUUGAAGUUCACUGCAGAUGAUAGGAACUUUGUCUCUGAUGCGACUACUCUUGAAUAUUACUUGUCGCUGACUGGAGAGAGCUUGGAUGGCAAUGCUAGCAAGAAAGAUGAAACCGGCGACAAGAAAGGCGAGGCUGAAAAGCCAGCCAGCAACACCAAGAUCCCUGUGGCCCGUGUCAAGCUCAUCACCAGCGCCACCAUGAACAAGCCUAAGCCGCAUGUUGAGCAAUCCAAACUACAAGAAGAGCUCCAGAAGAUGCUUGGCAAACUCGAUGGUAAAGAUGCAGCUGCGGUAGAGGAUCUGAAGAAAUUGUCUGAUACCGUUGCAAAAUUGGCGGCCGAUUCAAUGGAUUUUGCUACGGUUCCUGGAACGGAACAAUAUCCCGAGCCGAUGGAUAUGACAGAGCAGCAAUGGGAGCGUGUUCUGGUGAACAACCGGGCUUUUCAUGGAUACUACGCUGCACCUGGGAAAGGAGCUCUUCGGAAGGCGCGGAAGAAGGCGUUUGAACUUGUGCCACUUUCAACUAACAAAGAGACCAACGAGAAUGCCGCUGACUGGCUUGAUCCUGUACCUCCAGUCCCUCCGUUCUAUGUUUAUGAUGAUGCCAAAGUUGUUGUCACCGAGACACUUGAUGCUUUCCAAUCCAGUAUGGCACGUCAAGGCUUCAGUUCCCUUGCCGUUGAAGCCAAUGUCUCUGCCAGCCGCUUUGGAGUUGCUGGAUCUGCCUCGGCAGCCUAUGAGGAAGAAAAUUCCAAUGCUUCCAAGGAGGUUAAGGAAAAGUCAGUCCAGAAACUAGAAAUUGCCUACAAGUUUCCACGAGCGGUGGUUGAACUGGAUGACUUCUGUCUGCGUCUCACUCCUCAAUGCAUUGCUGAUGCGAAAGCGACAACCAAUGCCAAGGAGGUUGAUGAUUUCUAUCGCGAUUAUGGUAACGCCUUCGUGACCACCUUCACUGUUGGUGGAGAACUCAACAGCUCUCGAACCCUCACACAAGGAGAACAGACCUCUAUCACGACAACCAAAGAGAAGAUGAAAGCUGCUGCAGCACUUAGCAUCUCAAGCCCCUGGGCCAGCGGCGGGGCCAGCUUUGCCAAGUCCAAUUCAAAGGAGGAGACUGCCAGCGAACAAGAGUUACACCAGAAUUUGCAACUUGCUUGGGAAGCCCGUGGCGGUAACACCUUGCUCUGUACCAAUCCCUCGCAAUGGGCAAGCACUGUCAAGGACUACCGCCUCUGGCGUCUCAUGGAUCAACAACAAGUUGUCACUAUGCAGAGCCUCAUCAAACGGAUAAACCUAGGUAUCGCCGACCAUCUCGAAUCGCCAGUCGAAGAUAAUGGAAGCAAGGAGAGAAUUUUAGACAUCUUGCGCAAUAUCCUGGAGACGUCUCCACCCACUAGCACUGCAACCAAGAUCAGGAACUUUUACGAGAGCGACAAGUUUAAGGUGGAAGAGUACAACAAGCUCUUGGAUAAAGAUGAGAAUCCAAUGGACACAAAGGGGUCCUGGAACAGCCUUGAGAUCGAAGAGAAGUGUAACGUGGGAUUACUGGCGCUUCAGAAGAAGAUUAUCACGAUUGAUUAA